AUGGCAGACACGCAGACAGCGAUCCCAAUGGGUUCAUUUGAUUCUGACAAUGAGGAGCCUGAAGAAGAGGAUACGUGCAGACAUAUCGUAACUAGCGGUAUAAGCGGUGCUCUGAUCGUCAAGUCAUCACCACUUCAAAUGCCCGUGGCGGUCGAUGCUGGUAUGUCGAAGCAACACCCGACCAAUGCCGAGCUCGUGUACCCGUGGCAGCACAAAAAUUUAAGUGCAGUUAGUAUCAUUAGUGAGCCGUCUAUGACGAUGUCGACGGCGCUCUUACCUAGCAGCCUACCAAACAUGAAGAAUAACGUGUGCUGUGGAGUGAAUUCGCCACUAGGGUAUGGCACCAACGUAGAGAUGCAGCGCAGACAUUCAAUUUUGCGCAUGAGCGCGAACAAGACUUGUAGUAGCCACGGGUUAAGGAAAAGUGCAUCCGUGGAGUUUGAAUUCGACCACACACGUCAGCAGGCAAUGCAUAGUAUUUAUGCUAGUACGUCCUCUGUGGGACGAGAGCCACGGCGUUUAACAUUUGAAGAGAAAGCAGAGCUAUACCGGAUUCGCCCUGAUCUAGAAAUCGGUCCAUUUCCUUUUUAUUACGAAAAAGUUGCCGAGCUGAAGCGCAGGAAUCGGCGGCGCAUCGUUUUUGCCAUGUUUGGUGGCAUGAUCUCGCUUGUGUUGCUACUCCUCUUUUUUUCCAUGUGGGAGUACAACGAUUGA